AUGAACCUUAAGGAUAAAAUCAAGAAGUAUUAUUAUAAAAACAAUAAAAUCAAAACCAAGUUCUUAAUAAUCAAUUUGUAAAAAGUUUUCUCAUAUUAGCCUUAAAACCCUCCUUAAUCUCCUGGAUAGAUAAAUUAAUUCUAAUUUUAACCUAAUUAUGGACCAGGUCCUGGGAUGACCCAAGGAAUGUUGAAAAUUGGUCCAGGAAUGGGUCCUUCUUCUGCAGGAAGUGGUUUUCUUCAUCCAGGAAUGAUUCCUCCAUUAGGAAUGGGCCCUCCUCCUCAAUUAAUAGGUUCUCUUUCUGCAGGAAUGAUAUCAACUCCAGGAAUGGGUCCGCCUCCUUCAGGAAUGAUUCCUCCUCUAGGAAUGGGUCCUCCACUUCCAGGAAUGGGUCCUCCUCAUCCAGGAAUGAUUCCUCCAGUAGGAAUGGGUCCUCAUCCAGGAAUGAGUAAUGCAAUUUCUUCUUAAGGUACCAACCCUAUAACGUUAGCAUUUCCUUAAUCUCAAAAUCUUUAUAAUUAAGGUUAAUUUCCUUAAUAGAUGAUUCAACAAAACAUAGCUAAAAAUAAUGAUGAGGAGAUCUAGAAAUUAUAAAAAGAAUUAAAAAAAAAAAAUGAUGAAAUUAAAAAAUUUUAGACUUAAAUAAAUGAUCUUACAGAGAAUUUUAGUAGAGAAUCUGAAAAAAAUAAAGAGGAGUUGGGGAGAUUAGAGAGAGAAUUAAAAAGAAAAUUAGAAAGUUCGAAAAUACAAUUUAAUGAUGACAAAUUAUAAUUGACUUAAUAAAUAUCUGAGUUUUAAAUAAAAAUUUAAUAGCUUGAGGAAAAGGAGAGAUAAAAUGAAGAAAUAAAAAAAAAAAAUUAGAAUGAAAUUAAUUCUUUAAUAAAUUAGAAGACUAAUUUAGAGUAAUAAAUAUAUUCUUUAGAUAAAAUCAAUACUUAAAAUGAAAAGUAAAAUUAAAUAUAUAAUAAUGAGAAUUGUAAUUUAAAAAAUUAAACUGAUUAAUAAAAAAAAUUAAUCAAUAGACAAGAAAUAUAAAUUUAAUAACUAAAUUAAUAGAUUGAGAUCUUAAAUUAGGUCAAGAGCCAAUAAAUUAAAGAUUAAUAAUAUUCUGAAGAUAAUUCUAAAUAAUUUGCAGAAUAUGAUACAAAAAUAGACUAGUUAACUAAAAAAAAUAAGGAUUUGGAAGAAAGAAUAGAUAAGAUUGUAAAUGAUAAGAAAAAACUUGAAACAAAUUUUGAGAUGCUUUAAAUUGAAAAUAAAGUGCUUAAAGACAGAUCAUUAUUCUUUGAAUAAUAGACAAAAGAGUUGAAUAUAAAGAUAGAAUAGAUGUUGUUAUAAAGUUCAGAGGUUAGUAAAAAGGAAAACUUAGAAUAUUUAAAAUCAUUACAAUAACACUAAGAUAAUAAAAAAUAGUUAUUAUAAACUUAAAUGAAAGAAGAGUAAGAGAAAUUAUUACAAAAAAGAAAAUAGGAUUAAUAAUAAUAAAAGUUACUAAAUGAAAUGGGAAAAAAAAAAACUAAUGAACUUUUAAGUAAAGUUGGAAAAAUAUAGUGUUGUUUUGUAAUGGAUAUAUUUAAGUAAAUUAUUUUAAUAGAUAUUUAGAUCAAAUGAAAAAACAAGGAAGGCAAUCAUAAAGGCUACUCAAACUUGUUGCACAUCUGUUAAAAUGACAACAAAUAGAGACUCUGUUUGGGGAAUAGUUGCUUAUGGCUAUACAAAGUCUGGGUUAUAAAUAAAAAGUUAAUAAUUUACUAAGUCAUCAGAGGAGUUAUCAUAAUUCUUAAAUAAAUAAAAAUUAUCCUAAGAUCAGAAAGAUUAACCAGAAGACUUAAAAAGUGCCCUUCAAGAAAUGCUUACUUUAAACUGGACCGAACAACACAAGCUUGCUAUUUUAAUACCUAAUUCACCCUGUCAUGGAAAAAAAUACCAUCAUCCCAAAAAAUAUUCUAAGUUUUUUGGUUUUUGGUCAGUUAAUUAUGAUACUAAGCCCGAUGAUGAUAUGGAAAGUAUAAUCAAAGAAAUAAUUAAAAGAGGAAUUUUAUUAUUAAUAAUAAGAUUUAAUGAAGAUACAAAUGUGAUGUGUAGUUAAUUAGAAAUAAUAUAUUCUAAUCUUGAAAGUUCUCAUUUAUUUAAAACACUUUCAGUAAAAGGAUUUGAUUUACCAAACUCUGAUCAUGAUCUUGUUCUAAAUAUAUAAAUAAUGGCUUCUUUUAUUACAGGUAUUGUAAAUCAAACGACCAAAACUAAAGUCAAUUAAUAAAUAAGAAUGUAAAAUUUUGAAGAAGGUUUAAAUGACAUGAAAAAAUUAAAAGAGGAAGUAAUUAUGUUAAAUAAAGAUUUAUAAAAAGAAGGGUAAAAUUAAAAAGGAGAUUUGCCUGAAAUUUCAAUUGAAGAUGCAAUAGAAGAUUAGAAAAAAUUUGAAGAAACUGUAUAAAGAGCUAAAGAUUGUACAGAUGGAGCAUUACAAGCAUUAUGUAAAAGGGGAGAUAUUGCUAAUUUUUAAUCUUAAGUUUAAUGUGAGGAUUUUAAUUGCAAGGUGUAUACAGUUGAACUUAAAUAAGCAUCAUUAAAAAACAAAAUAGAAAAUAUUCAAUUAAUUAAAUUUGAAGAAUCAGAUUUUGAUUUAAUAGAAUAAGCUUAAUGGCAAUGUAUUAGAACAAAAAAUCCUUUUGCCUUAGGAAUGAUGAAGAAGGUUUUUCUAAUGAAAAAAAAAAAUAAUACUGAAGAAAUUUAUGUUGUUAAAAUUCCAAUUGAAUAAGGGACUUACAAUUCCUUAUAAGAUGCUGUUAAUGAUUGUCGAUCACACUUAAUUGCUAAAAAUAUGAUGAAAAUUUUUAUGGAAAAACUUAGAAGUCAAAAUGAUAAAAUUAUGAUGGUUUAAUAUACAGAUUUCUUAAUAUUGGAAGAAAACAAGAGUAAUAUUUAUUAUAAUUUAGAAAAAUAUUGGAUUGCAGAAAGAUUCUUCUAAGGAAACUUUAAAAAAUAUAACAAUAAUGAUGGUUAUAUAUGUGAAGAAAAUAGUGAAUUGAAUGCUAUCUCCUAGGCCUUCUCCUACUUUACUUAUUAAUUUAGCUAAUUUAAUUAUAUUAUUAAUGAUAUUUAAGGUGUUGAUAAUUACUUUACUGAUCCAGCCAUUAAUACUAUCAAAGGUAUAUAAUAAAUAAAUAAUCUUAGGUAAUUUUGAUGAAACAGAUGUUGGAGAAGAUGGAAUAUCAAAUUAUUUAUCAACUUUAUAACUGAGAAAGGACAUAUGCCAAUAGUUAUUAAAAUCAAUAGAUAUUGAAUUUGAUUGA